AUGUCUCCCGUGUGCUUCGUAUUGAAGAUUGAAAACAUAGAUGGCAUACAAGUGAACACUCUGGGGCCACUUCUUGAGAUUUUCAAGAAGAGAGUAGACCAGGCUCUAAAGCCUCUAGCGAAGCUGAGCGGUGAAGGGUUCCGAUUCCGGCAAAUACCGGACGUUGAUAAUCCCAAUUUGAUCAACCAGGAGGACAAUUACUACGAAUGGUGCGACCAGAGCGCCAUUCUCGGCUAUCCCUCCACAUCAACUUCGACGAAUUAUUCUCCGGUCGCCAAUGUGCCAAAUACUUUCGGGGCGGCAAAUCGGGGCUGGGUUAGCCCUGCAAACAAUUACGAAUCCCUCCUUUACCCAAGCAAAAUACCGACUACACAAUGGCUGCAUGCACCUGUCGAGAAUUAUCGACCCUGGCCCGCCCAUGACCCAAACCUCGUCGCUCAACAGCCGGGGAACGGACCGUUUCGGCAGCGCUGUGAGCCUUGGACGUUCGAUUAUCACACGUGA